AUGCCUCCAUUUGGUUCUCACUCCUUGCGGUUCCUUGCUACUUACAUUGAAGGAGAAACGCCAUUUCCUACAUUUAGUGUCCUAUAUAUACUGGAUGACAUUGCAGUUGGAUACUACGAUUCAGAGACAAACAGCUAUAUUCCAAGGGGAAAUACUACAAACGAAGACGAGGAGGUUGAUUUCAUAAGUUAUAACAUAAAGGAAUAUUUGGAACCUUUUAUUUUGGGGAGACUAACAAGAAGGUUUGAGAACAAAACAGAAGGUCCUGUAGUUUAUCAGAUGCUGAGUCUGUGUGAAGUGUUGGAAAAUGAUAAACCUGGGCAAUUGAUCACUAAGAUUGCUUUUGAAGGCUCCACAACAGAUGAAAUGCGUUUUUUUGAUGGCACAAUAACAUUUCAAGGCAUAGAAAAAGUGACACAACUACAUCUAGAAAUGUAUAAAUGGCGUCAUUCGACUAUACAUUACCCACGCUGCACAAUGAGUCUCAGGAAGUACCUAAAAAAGAGACAAACUCAAGGGAAGAGGAAAGUGAAACCCAGAAUCAGACUCAUUCAGAAAAACUCAGAUUCUGGAGGGUUUCGUGUGAGUUGUUUGGCAACAGGAUUUUACCCUCGUCACAUAAAUCUGACCCUGUUCAGAGACGGGCAGCUUGUAUCUGAUCAUGAGAUCACUGGAGGAGAUCUGCUGCCCAAUGGUGACGGGACGUACCAGAUGAGGAAGAGUCUGGAGAUCAGAGCUGCAGACAAACACAAAUACACCUGCUCUGCCACACACCUCAGUCUGGACAACAAACUGGACGUCACUUUGGAGUUUGAUCACGGGGAACCAUUUAAAUCAGUGAUUCCUUCAGUUCUGACAGUUUUGGCUCUGAUGUUGGCGUUUGGGGCUGCAGCAGCUAUAACUGCAUGGAAAAGACAACCUUCAGAUUCCUAUAUAAGUGGUUAUUCUACUCCUACAUCUGAAGAAAGUGUGGAGAUAAAAUAAAAAGAAAAGAAAAAGUAUGUGAUGUCCUGACCCAAAACAACAUGGAUGGAUGGAGAAACAUCUUCAAACAACAAACAAAAUAUGUA